GUCAAUCCAACGUGGUUUGUUAUUAUCAGCUUCUUCACACAUUUUUCAUUUAAAAUCGAUUUCAACAUAGUAUUUUAUAUUUCUGUGCAUAAUUUCUAAUACAAAAUGAAUGAAAAUUAUCAAGUCGUACCGUGGUUUAAUGCUGAAGAAUGGAAUGAAGUCUAUAAAAAUAUAUUCUCUGAUCAAGCAACUUUUGAUAGUAAGGAAAAAGCUUUAAAAACUUUAUUUAUAUGGAAAUCAAGAUGCCCUUCUCUAGCGUCUGCAAUAGAAUCAACCUUGUCUUUACUCGAGGUUCAUCUAAAGGACAGAUCAGAUGAUUGCGAUAUGGUCGAUAACCAAUUAUUGCGGCUAUCUUACUCAUCUGCUAUUAUGAGAUUUGUUAAUCAUAUGUUUGACGCUGACGCUGCCAAAAACAAUAGUUUGUAUCAAGUAGCUGAAAAACGUGGUGUUCCCGAUUGGAUUGUAGAUUUAAGGCAUGAUACAGCACACAGCAAUAAUUUACCUGCUCUGGAGUUACUGAGAGAUGCAACUUCAAUUUGUUUACGAUGGUUGAAAAAUAAUUACUGGGAUAUACAUUCAAAAGGUUUAAGAAACUCUGUCAUUACUAAUGAAGUUCAGAUGGAUUCAAUAACAGAAGAUCAAUUAAAAGUAUUCAUAAAUUUUUGUAUUUCAUUAAGUUUUUCAUCACAUCCUAAAUGUAAUACAAAAAAUCUGGCAAGUAUGCCUGUAGAUAUGCAGCAAUCAUUAGUAAAUGAUGCUCAAGAGCUUUUCUGUGGAAAAAUUGAUUUAUCUAAUUUAAAAAAAGUUUCAGUAAACAAUCUUAUGAAUUACAUACAACCAUAUUCCAGAAACUUUUUUAAGAAAGUUAUCAAGGAGGAUCUAUUUGACAUACUUUUGAGUGAUGAGUCUUACUUUUUGUCUCAAGAUAUUUAUGAUGUAAUGAGUAAAGGUAGUAAACGCAGAGGACUUGAUAAACAAUAUGUGAAAUGUUUUGAAUUUUUAUUGAAACUUUUGCACACACAUGAUAUGAUUGAAGACUUGAUACUGAGACUUAUAAAAAUAACAGAAACUAAAGAAGACAAAAAUAAGUGCCAGCUGGCCGCUAAAUGGGUUUCAGCAAUAUUGAAGGCUUUACAAAGGUCACAGAACUUUUUGAAAGCAGUUAAAGAGAAAGGAUUAGAAGAUACCCAGUCUAAGAAAUCAAAGGAAUUAAUUUCAUUGUUUCAUCACUGGUUUCCAAAUGAGAAAUCAAGUCCUUUAUUGCUGGAUCUUUGCAAGCCAGUGCCAUCAUCUUUAACUGACAUUAAUUUUAUUAGAUCAAUUAUUUCAAAUUAUAAUCCCUUUUUAAAUUACUUCAUAAAUGAUCUCUUACAACUGGUGAAACCAAAAUUACCUCCACUAGCCUUGAAACAAAUUUGUAAAUUAGCCGAAUUGAUAGCUUCACCAGAAAUGUUUCCAGCACAGUCUACAAAGAUUUAUACUGUUGAUGAUUUAAAACUUGUUGACACACCAAGUGAGAAUGGGAUACUCGUGUGCAACUUGGAUGGAAAAGAAAGUUUACCAAAUGAGGAUGAAGCCGAAGAUAAUCUAAUCUGGGGUAUUUGGAAGAAAGCUUCAAAAAGUCAGGCGUGGUCGACCUGUCCCAUCGGCAUCCUGCCUUGGCAACAAACACAAAGUGUUAUGGAUAUUGAUUAAAUAAAACACUUGAACUUCA